AUGGCGAAGGACAGGCGGCCAGCACUAUCGUGCCAGCAAUGCCGCAACCCCAUAGACAUCGACGCCUCAAUCGACCAGCUCAACCCGGCAGCUUUCAAGCUGCUCACAGAUACAACCGUGCCCGGACAGCAGCAAAAAGAAAGACAUAACCCCUCCCGCCAGUCCCGACCAACAUAUCCCUCGUCGAGGCACCAGACCUACGAAGCCGCCAUACAGUCCGCCCGAAAUCCUACCUUCAGACGAAACGUACCCUCGUCCCGACACGGUCAAUAUGGCUCUCACACUACAGCAAUGUCCUUCAUCAAUGUCGAUGUCUCAGAGUCCAUGAUGGUAACGCCCUCCUCACCGCCAGCUGCGCCCCGGACACCAGAGCGUCCCGCGCCCACACAGUCGGCCGCCCCAGAGAUGACACGCCGCGCCAGCGCCGCAGGAACCAGCAGCUCCAUCGGCGGCGGAAGCCUCGCCGACGGGCUCGAAACCACAAACCGCAUGUUCGAGAUCCUCUCCUCGCGCUCCGACAUCGACCACCCCAUCUGCGUCGAGUGCACCGAGCUCCUCGUCGACGGCCUCUCCAAACGCCUCAACAUGGCCACCCGCGAACGCGACGCCUACGUCGACUACCUCCGCCGCGCCAACACCGACGUUCCCUCUGCCGACGAACUCUCCGCCGCCUCCGCCGCCCUGGCCCGCGCCAAAAAAGCAGAAACCUCAGCCCUGACCACCCUUGAGGCCCUCGAAGCCGAAAAGGCCGCCCUUGACGCCGCCCUCGCCCACGAGGAGGAAGAAGCCCGCGCAUGCGACGCCGAAGAAGCGUCCUUCUGGGCACAACGGAACGCCUUCGCCAUCACGCUGCACGAAUUCAGCGCCCAGCGCGACGCCUUGGCCGCCAAGCACGCGCACGACGCCGACGUCCUGCGCGCCCUCCAGCGCCGCAGCGUUUACAACGACUCGUUCAACAUCACGCACGAUAACCAUUUCGCCACCAUCAACGGCCUGCGCCUCGGCCGCCUGUCCAAUCCUUACGUCGACUGGCCCGAGCUCAACGCCGCGUGGGGGCAGACCUGUCUGCUGCUCGCCACCCUCGCGGAACGCCUGGGCUUCAAGUUUGCAGGGUACGAACUGUGUCCCAUGGGGUCGACGAGCGCGAUUGUGCGGCUGGAGCACAAGGGUAGUGGGGAGGCUGCUGAUGCGCGGAGCGGGCCCGGCGUCACACGGCACAAGCUCGAGCUCUUCUCGUCCGGCGACUUCCCCAUCAACUUCGGCUUCACGCACCGCAAGAUCGACGCCGCCAUGGUCGCCUUCCUCGAGUGUCUGCGCCAGCUCGGCGAGUUCGUCGAGACGCAGGGCGUGCACACGGCGGGUGGGCUGGGCGGGCUCGGUGGUGGCAGCGCUGGGGGCAGUGGUGUGGGCGGUAUGAGCUUGCCGUAUCAGAUCCGCAAGGAUCGGAUCCACGACCAGAGCAUCAAGUUGAGCGUGAGCAAGGACGAGGCGUGGACCAAGGCGUGCAAGUACACGCUUACGUGCUGCAAGUUUCUGCUGGCGCAUGCGAAUAAUAUGGAGAGUAGUGCUGGGCGGAGGGGGAGGUGA